AUGCUACUCCGACAUCUUCAUCUGCCAGGCACUACGCCAUAUGCUCAUGCGUCGGACAUACAGCAGCGCCUCGUAUCCGCGCUGCUCGCAUACAAAGCCAAUCCAGUGGGAACCAGACCGCCGCCUACCAUCAUCACGGCUGAAUUCCGUCCAGUGUACACGUGUGGCCGACGCGAGGUCGGCAACGUCUCGGCAGAGCAGAUCGCUCAUCUCACUGCCAAGACUCCUCAUGGGCGAGCGGAGUUCCAUGAAGCCUUACGAGGAGGCCAGACGACCUUCCACGGGCCUGGUCAAUUAGUCGCCUAUCCCAUCCUCGACCUCAAACAACACGGUCUGGGCGCACGUGACUAUGUCUGUUUGUUGGAGAAAUCAGUGAUUCAGCUUCUGCGGGACAAAUACUCCAUUGAGUCGAAGACGACGGAUAACCCAGGAGUGUGGGUCGAUGACGAUCGCAAAAUCUGUGCGCUCGGAGUGCAUUUGAGGCGUAAUGUCUCGAGCCAUGGAAUUGGUCUGAAUGUGUCUACAGAGCUGGCUUGGUUCGAUAGAAUUGUCGCAUGCGGGCUGGAGGGCAAGCGAACCACGAGCAUGCGAGACAUGGGAGUUUUGGAGCCGGACGUAGAAGUGAUCGCUGAGCAGUACGUCGGUAUCGUAGCGAAUCGUCUGAGUGGGGUUGAAAAGACGGAAAGAAUACAGGACAUAUGA